AUGGUAGUUACUUGCUGUAUUGGUAACUGUAAAAGUUUAUGGAUAAGAGGUGACAUUAUUACUUUUCAUUGUUUUCCUAAAGAUGAAAGUUUACGCAAACAAUGGAUUUCAGCAAUUCCAUCUAAUAUUUUAAGGACUACAGAUAUUACUCAACAUUCUAGAUUAUGUAGUAAACAUUUUACAGCAGAAUGUUUUACUGAAUCUACUUCAUUUAAAUCUCUACGUAAUAUGUUAAAUAAGAAUGCUGUUCCAACAAUAUUUGAAGAGUAUCAAGAGUCCCAAUAUCAGUUAGUUGAAUUAGAAAAAGAGACCUUACCAAACAUAUUAAACAUCGAAGUUGAUCCGCUAGACAUUAGUAAUGAAAAUUGUAAAAUGGAAAAACCAAAUGUGUCAUAUAUUUUAAAAAGAGAAAUUGGUGUGCAAACAUUAAAACGGAACUUUGAUGAAUCAGAAAAAAUUAUACAAAGUUUGACAAAACGCUUGAAACAACGUGAUAAAAAAAUUAAGGACUUGGAGGAACGUCUGAAAAAGAAAGAAACUGAAGAAAAAAAUGAUAGCAUGAAAAUGAUAAAAGAUGCUGUUAACAAGUACAUCUGCGAAGAAAGAAAAGAAUUAUUUUUGCAUGAAUUUGCGAAUAAUGAGACUGGUUCUAGUAAGAAAACUUAUAGUGAAUAUAUGAGGCAAUUUGCUGCAGCUACAUAUCAUCAUAGCCCUAAAGUAUAUAAAAUUUUGAAGAAACUGAUUACUUUACCGACCACUUAUACCGCAGCUAGAUGGUUGAUAGAUUUUAGUCAAGAUCCACAAUUUAUGGAAGAAAUAAAAUGA